AUGGAGAUGAGCCUCUUUGACGAUGUCGUCGAUGGCGAGGUGAGCAGCAGCAGCAGCAGCAGCAGCAGCAGCAGCAGCAGCAGCAGCAGCAGCAGUAGUCGGUUUCCCCCUCUUGCGACGAACAUGAAUGCUCUUACCAUGAUUGAUUGGGCCACUCCAAUCCUCUCUCCUCUUCUCUCUUUUCUUGAUAGCAUCAUGACGUCGGUAGUGCCUGGGAGCGUCGCCGACGGUAAUGAGAGGGGUCCCGGCCAAUUCCAGGUGGCGGUGGAAACCAUUACCCUGCAGCACAGCGACUCGGAUCUCAUGGUCGACAUCCCAGGCUACGGCACCACAGCAGUGAAGCGAGCCCCGAUGACAGAGCGCGACUUUGAAAUGCUGCCCUCCAGUUUUCGCGGACCGUACGACCUGCAGUUGGAUUUGAUCGACGAGAACAGCCUCAAACCCCGCAACACUUCUCCCUGGACCGUAAGCACUCCUGGCCUUGAUCUUACCCUGCUGCAAAACGGCUCGGCCCCAAUUCCCAUAAGCUCAAACUCACUGCAUGUACCAUGUCGCUGGCCCCACUUCGACGUCUUGCUCAUGAUCCAGUACUCGCCACAGCUCGGCCGCUUCUUCGUUCACGUCAAUGCUGAUGUCGUCCUCAAAAUUGUAUUGGCUCGAGCCCCGCCCAAGGGCACGGAUCUUGUCUUUCGUCUCCGCUACGCUCUACCUGAGCAUCGCAAGACGCGCGUCGAGACAUGUGUGACCCAUCAGCAGGCCGGCUCGCAUUUCUUCGGCGCGCCCCACAACCACCUCAUGUCCAUCAAUCGUGAACACGUGACCUACGACACCGAUUCGACGGGUCACCACUACGCUCGGGUGGCCUUGGACCAGUUCCCCUUUACUGACAACGUCUACUCUGUGCCCUUGCGCUUUCACUGUUUCAGCUCUUGCCCCGGCUCCAUCGCUCGUCGCAUGAUGCAGCUCAUGGUCUACCUCGAGCACAGCGAACACAUUCUUGGCAUCACCAGCGUGGACUGCCGCUGCUGCGCCUGCCCGGGUCGGGACCGGCUCUCUGCUGAGAAGCGCCAACAACGCAACAGUGCCAAGCGUCACCCGGCUGCCAGUGGAACCAAGAGCAAACGCACGCGACGUAGUGGCGACAACAUGGCGCUUGCUUCAUCACAAGAGUCGAACGAGGGCGAGUCCAGCCAGCCCAGUGAAGAUCUUAGCAUUCACAUUCUCCCUAUCCACGGUAAAACACAUUAUCGCAUCAUCAAGGAGAUGAUCGAGGGCAUGAGCUCUGCCCGUAUCCUCACUCCGAAUCAAACCGCAGUCACGGCCAAGGCCAAUCUGAAGCUGCAGCAGCGCUUGCGCGAGCACUCGCAAAGCCAUUCCAAUCCUCCCAACCUUGAGCUUCUUCAGCGGGAACUCAGCACGGGGGUGUCCGAGUCGCCGUCCCUGCACAAGGCCUCGGCCCGGGCCAUGGCAAUUAAAGAGGAACCAAGCGCCUUCAAGGCCGAUGGUCCGACUUCAGGUAACAACAGUGCCGUGGAAGCAGGAGAUCAAGGCUCAACGGUUCCCACAGAAAUGGACGACCAGCAGAGUGGUGACACUGAACACACGCCCCAUUUGGACCUGGUUCCCGAAGCAGAUGCUCUUUAUCGUAACGAUUGGAAGUUUCUUCAGGUCGGUACAGCGCGCGCGCACGAACCUGGGCAAGCACGAACUUGGUGA